UUACGACCUGUCGGCUCUAUUUCUAUUCAUUACAGUGCGUGAUGUGCAUGAAGGAGCGACAAUAAUAUGCGUUUACCACCUCGCUUAAAUUGUGAAUUCGCGAUCCUCCCUCGGUGUUUCGUGUCGCUGCUGGGCGGUGAAACCGGUUGAAAUUCCCCUGCGGAUGCUGCGUGCGGCGCGAGCCUGAAACAGUCGCUGUCAGGAGGACUGUUUGUUGAUGUCAUCCCGCGGAGCAGGAGCGACCUUCAAUUCAUAACCGGGAUCCACAAAGAACCUCUUCUACAUUUUUUUUGAUUUUUAUUUCUAUUUCUAUUCCACCACCCGCAGAGAGGAUGGGACUUCUGCUCCGGGUCAUCUUGCUGCUAUCUGCUGUCACUUUCACGGCCGGUUUAGAUUUCCAGCAGGAAUCCAGAUCCGGAUCCUCGGCUUUCCUGAGGCGUUCCAGAAUCGGAUCGGAUCCGGCUCUGAACCGCGUCCGGAGAUCCGUGCCUGCGUGGCUGGCUCCAUCAGCGCACCACCUGAGAUCCAGGAGGAGCGCCGACCAGGACUCGUGCAAGGCUGUGGGAGAUUUUGAGAGCAAGUUGGCGGACAACACCCACAGUUGUACGUUCAAUGACCUGAGUGGCUCGGUGUCGCUGGCCUGGGUUGGAGAUGGCACAGGGGUUAUUCUGGCUUUGACGACCUUUCAGGUGCCCUUCUUCAUGAUCAAGUUCGGCCAGUCCAAACUUUAUAGGAGUGAGGACUAUGGGAAGUCGUUCAAGGAUGUGACGACCCUCAUCAACAGCACCUUCAUCCGAUCCGAGUUCGGUAUCGCCAUCGGGCCCGAGAACUCAGGGAAAGUGAUUCUGACAGCUGAGGUUUCUCGAAGUCUUGGAUCUCGGCUUUUCGUCUCUGAGGAUUUCGGGGAGAACUUUGUCCACAGGGACCUGCUGUUCAAUCCCCUUACGCAGAUCUCCUACAACCCAGAGAACUCCAGCGUGCUGGCAGUGCUCAGCAGCAACAAUGAACUGUGGCUGUCUGAGGAUUUCGCACAGACCUGGAAAAUUAUCUACCACACGGUGUGUUUAAUGAAAUGGGGAAGGAGAAACACCAUGUUCUACACAAUAAGCCACAACACGUCUUGCAAUGAUCGCGGGUCACUGGAACUGUGGAGGACAUCAGAUUAUGGUCACAGCAACGUGAGUCUGACCUCAAAGGUCUACUCCUUUGGCCUGGGUGGACGCUUCCUCUUCGCCUCUGUCAUGACCGGAAUGGACAAUCUGAGGGAGAUCAAGGUGUCUGUGGAUCAGGGCGAUUCGUGGAACUUCGCCCAGCUGCCUCCCGUCGACCACGAGCGUUUUUAUUCAAUCCUGGCAGCGAAUGAUGAGAUGGUCUUCAUGCAUGUGGACGAGCCAGGAGACACAAGCUGUGGAGUAGUUUAUGUGUCGGAUGACCGCGGCAUCGUGUACUCCGUGUCACUGGAGCGCCAUCUUUACACCGCCACGGGGGGCGACACCGACUUCACCAACGUCACCUCCCUGCGAGGAGUUUUCAUCACCAGCGUUCUGGCCAAAGAUGGCUCCGUGCAGUCUGUCGUGUCCUUCGACCAGGGAGGCGAAUGGGUUCCGCUGCGAAAACCGCCCAACAGCAAAUGUGAUGCCACGUCCAAAGACUCGGCAGAGUGUUCGCUCCACAUCCACGCCGCCUACAGCACUGCCAUGAGGCUGAACGUCCCCAUGCUGCCUCUGACUGAGCCCAACGCCGUGGGCCUCAUCAUCGCUCACGGGAGCGUUGGCGAUGCCAUCUCGGUGACCACGCCAGAUGUGUACGUGUCUGACGACGGGGGCUACAGCUGGAUAAAGGCGCUCACCGGGCCACAUCACUAUGCUAUUCUGGACUCUGGGGGGCUGCUGGUGGCCGUGGAGCACAGCGCCCAAACCGUCGACAAAAUUAAAUUUUCCACCGAUGAGGGCCAGUGCUGGCACGUGUACACGUUCACCAACGAGCCCAUCUACUUCACCGGGCUGGCGUCGGAGCCCGGCGCCCGCUCCAUGAACGUCAGCAUCUGGGGCUACAAAGGCAGUGCGCUGAGCCAGAGCUGGGUCUCCAUCACCAUCGACUUCAGGGACCUCCUCACUAGAGACUGUGGGGAUAACGACUACGUGCAGUGGCUGGCCCACUCCGACGACAUCAGCGACCCGGCCGACGGAUGCAUCCUGGGCUACAAAGAGAAAUUCCUGCGUCUCAGAAAGGACUCGGUUUGCUACAACGGCCGUGAUUACGAGGUCACCACCCAGCCGACGCCGUGCCUGUGCACCCUGGACGACUUCCUGUGUGACUUUGGAUACUAUCGUCAAGAGAACAGCUCCGAGUGCGUGGAGCAGCCUGAUCUGAAAGGCACGGUGUUGGAGUAUUGUUUACACGGCAGAGAGGAGCAGCUGCGGACCAAUGGCUACAGGAAGAUCCCUGGAGAUAAAUGCGAAGGAGGCACCAUGCCGCAGCGUGAAGAGGUGGACCUCAGUAAGAGGUGUGUGAGCGACCUGCUGGGCCGGGACCAGGUUCGUAUCUCCCGAAGGUCACGACGAAGCAAAUGCUGCCCUGAUGGUCUGACCGCUGUGAGAACUGUCUGCUGGUGUUGUCCACAGCCGGAGGAAGGCUCCUCCAGGACGGUGCUGGUCGUCAUCACCGUCAUCGUGGUCAUGCUGCUGAGCGUCGCCGCCGGCGUCAUCUUCGUGAAGAAAUACGUGUGCGGCGGAAGGUUCCUGGUCCACCGGUACUCGGUGCUGCAGCAGCACGCCGAGGACAACACGGCCGACGCCAUGGACGACCCGCUGGAGACCAACCACUCUCACAACGGCAAGAUCGAGUUUCAUGACGACUCAGACGAGGAUCUCCUUGAAUAGCCGGUCGGGCCAGUCGAGCAGCUGAGCGGCAGGCUCCCAGGCCGUCCCGGAGGCGGGCCGGCUCCUCUCCCCGUCACUCUCGCCCCAGUUACUUCUUCCUUUCACUCUCUGGCGUCGGCUCGGGCCUCGAGUCUGCGUCUGUCCGCCGUCAUCGGUCAGGUGUAAUGAAUGUACGGAGACCGCCCCGGGGGCCGCCGGGGACUGUGGAGGAGGUCUCUGCGUCACGCUUCCAGCUAUCCAUUCGAGUAGAAGAACUGCAGCGGCCGCGUGAGCCGCCGACACAGCCAGACAAAAUUGGAUUUGGAGAAAUGCCUGCUGUAUAAAUCUCCCACCACUGCGUUACGGGUCCCGCCUGUCUCUCCACCUGAGGGGGGGGGGGCGAAUGGAAACCCUCCCACUGCUGUCAAGGACUCCGGUCCUUCCCUUCAUGCACUUGUACAGACCCCAUUUUUCACCCCUACUGGCUAAAACGCUUCCAUUUGAGUCUUUAACCUCUAUUUCAUGAAGUAUUUGUAAAAAAAAAAAAAAAAGAGAAAGAAACGUAAAAGCCCCGACGGGCCGGAGUGUGUAAAUCCGAUGCUUUCAGCCUGACGCCUUUUCUGAAAUCACCUGUUUCAGUCUGUACCUGGAAUACAAGCCUGCAGACUUUUGGUACGACUCGGCACCAAAAUCUAACUUCAGAGUAAUAAGACAUACGUGGAAAUUAGCAUUUCCAUUAGGUUUGAUAGCAAUAAGAUGUCUGGAUUUAGUGUAUUCACUAUAUCGUCCAUGCAUGUUAAAUACGCCUAUUGGCAUCAUGUUUUUUUUCUAAGUCUUCUGUUAGUUGAUGAAUGGAAAUACCAUCCAGGAAGACGUGUUAUGCAUCAUUGUCCAGGGUCGUAAAAUGUUUCAAGACUUUAAAAAGUUUGUCUGCAGUCGUGGCUGCA